AUGAGGGAAUUUUUCGCGCGUCGCUUGCAGCAAUGUAGCGCAGCGAGGGAUUUGGCGGGCGGACGGCGCGUCCACGCCGACAUCUCCAGCGCCGGCCGCGACCGCGAUGCGUUCCUGGCGGCCAUUCUCGUCCAGUUCUAUGGCCGAUGCGGCUGGGUGGAGGCGGCGCGGGCGGCGUUUGAUAGGGCCUGGGGAAGAACGGCAUUCUUGUGCUCCAGCUUGAUCUCCGCCUAUGGCGACAAUGACUGCCUUCUCCAGGCCCGGGACGUGUUCGAUCGAAUGCCACAGCAGAGCGUUGUCUCGGCCACGGCGGUUCUCAAGGCGUGCUCCAGGGCCGGGGAUUUGCGGGAGGCGAGGUCGUUCUUUGAUCGAAUGGCGCACAGGAACAUUGUCUCCUGGACUGUGAUCAUCGCGGCGCUCGCGCAGGGCGGGCAUGUCGCGAUCGCCAGGCAAGUUUUCGAUCUCAUACCCGCGUUUGAUGUGAUCUCAUCCACUGCGAUGCUUGCUGCGCUUGCCCAGAACGGGGAGAUCCACCAGGCGAGGAUGCUGUUCGAAUCGAUGCCGGAGAAGAAUGUCGUCUCAUGGAAUGCGAUGAUCAGUGGGCUCUCGGAUCACUCCCUUCUUGGCGAGGCAAAGAAGCUGUUUGAUGGAAUGGAUCAACGAGACGAGGCGUCGUGGAAUUCAAUGAUAUCUUCAAAUGCCAGGUGGAGCUUGAUUUCCCAAAAUGCGAUGAUCGUGUCAUCCGGGAACAUGGAAGGCCAUACUUUUCCGAAAAGAAUCUUCGAUUCGAUUCACGAGAAGGAUUCAAGCCACUGGACUGCGAUGCUCUCUGCAUAUGCCGGGAAAGGGGACAUUUCCGAGACGCUGGAUUUCUUUGAGAAGCUGCCAGAGUGGUCUAUCGUCACCUGGACGAUCAUGACGGCAGCUCUGGCGAGAAAUGGCCGGAUCGAAGAUGCCAAGCUGCUGUUCGAUCGAGCACCGCGGGACCAGAGAGACGCUGCUGCUUGGAACGCGAUGAUAUCGGCACUGCUCGAGUGCGAUCUACACGAGGAAGCCUUCGGCAUGGUCCAGGCUAUGGAUCUCGACGGUGUCCGUCCAAACAAGGUGACCCUCGUUGCCGCUCUUGAGGUGUGCUCUGGCUGCUCGUCCCUUUCAAGAGCCAAGACCAUCCACUCGCUGCUCCGGGAGAACGAUCACUUGGGCGAUCCGGCAGUCAGAACAGCGCUCACCAACACAUUUGGAAGGCUCGGGGACUCGAGCUUGAUACAGGAUCAUCCAGCCGACACUCACGCCUGGAACGCGAUCCUCAGCGCUCACUCCCAGCGCGGCGGCUUCCAAGAGGCGGUGGACGCAUUCCUCGCCAUGAAUCUGGAAGGGAUCGCUCCCGACUCGAUCACUUUCAUGACAACGCUCGCGCUGUGCGGCCACACGGGCGCCCCUGACGAAGGCUGGCGGGAGUUCGUGUCCAUGGAGGUGGAUCACGGCGUAAGGCCCGAAGCCGGGCACUACGCUUGCAUGGUGGACGUGCUAGCGCGGGCAGGGAGGCUGGCGGAGGCGGAGGAGCUCGUCAUGAGCAUGCCUUUCGAGCCGGACGAGCUUGCGCUGAGAGCUAUUCUCGCGGCUUGCAAGCUUCAUGUGGAUUGCAAGCAAGGUGUGCGAGCAGUCGAGAAGAUUGUGGAGCUCGACUCGGGUGAUGGAAUGCCAUACAUAAUGCUGCUCUCAAACUUGUGCCCUUCCACUGGCUGAAAUAGAAAACUAAGCAUUUAAAACA